AUGUUACCGCCUUCUGCAAAGGGCACAAAUAAAGAUGAUAACGGCGGUGUUGAUGGCGGUAGUGGAGCAGUAUCGCCGAGAAAACCAUCGACUUUUACUGUUACUAUUGAUGAUGGCAGCAGAUAUAUACCUUCCGCAAGUAUUGACUUAAAUAAAACAAUUCCAACUUCUAUUAUUAGUACUAAUUCGUUCUCGUUUUCCGUGGAUUUCUAUGUUGCGGCAGAAAAAUGCGCAACAAUGGUGCUGUCUGCAAUAUUCGAGAGUAUGUCACUGAACCCCGAUAACAUCCAUUCGCAAUCCGUUGUAGUACCGAAAUCAGAUUUUGUUACGGUACCCAAGAAAUUGUUAAAUGGUGCGAAAUUGGAUGCUUCAAAUGCAUCUAAGCAUUAUUCUCAUUCAUUGAGCAGGUCAGAUUUGCUGGAAUUGAAGCAAAGUAUUGUGAAAUCAGAUUUCAAACCGGUGCAGGAUCCAUUAUCUGCCGCAUCAAAACUAAGGAAAAACUGUUCCGUUGAUUUCCAUCCAUGGCAUAAUCCCAUAUUUGAAAUUAGUAGUUUGGAUUCUUCACGAUAUGUUUGCGAAAAUGUUGUCGAUGGUGAUGAAAUUGACAGUUCCCGGCCUUUCGUACUUUUUCCAUCCAUUAGGUUAUUGGUAGCUGCUCUCUUAUGCUGUUGUUUCAUUGCACUUUCAGUAAGUACAUCAAACAUGGCUGUAGCACUGAUCUGCAUGACUUCCUGUAGCGUAAAUGGUUAUAAAGGUGAUCUACAAUGGCGAAGUGAACAGGAAGGUGUAAUAUUAGCGGCGCAAAAUGUUGGUUCACUUCUGAUGGUGAUAACAGGCGUAUGGGCUGAUCGAAUAAAUGGUAAAUGGAUGAUUGGUGGAGGUUUAUUGUUGUGUACGAUUGCUAAUGUAGUCCUACCAAUAAUGGCACACGAAAGUGUAUGGUAUGCAGUUGGUGCACGAUUAGCAAUUGGUGCAGUGGAUGCGUGCCUUACACCUGCUACCUGUUCUUUAAUAACACGAUGGUUCCCACAAGGUGAACGGGCAGCUGCGCUAGGUAUUGUUACAAGCGGCCGACAGAUUGGUACACUGUUUAUUUUACCAACAGCAGGUUACUUAUGUACACGUAAAGAUAUCAUGAAUGGUUGGCCUGCUAUAUUCUAUCUUAGUGGACUGAUUUCUAUGUUAGUUGCAUUAUUUUGGAUUCCAAUGGGAGCUGAUAAACCUUCCAAACAGUACUGCAUAUCACGUCAAGAACAGAUGCAUAUCGAAAGCAGAAUAGCAUGCGAGUCAAUUGGUAAGCGUACCGCUCCACGUCAUACGCCGUGGUCUGCAAUUGCUCGAUCGUCGGCAGUAUGGGCAGGGAUCUUUGCACUUGUAUGCCAUGAAUAUCCACUUGUCAUCAUGCUGCAAUUUUUGCCUAAUUAUAUGCGCGAUGUAUUGCAUUUUGCGCCUGCUAAGAAUGGAAUUGUCUCUGCAUUUCCAAUAGUUUGCCUAUUUAUAAGCAAAGCUUUCUCAUCCAGUUUUUCAACUUGGCUAGUAAAACACACCAGUUGGACUAAAACAACUAUUUGUAAGAUAUUCAAUGGUAUUGCAUCAGCAGGAUUAUCACUGUGUAUUAUUACGGUACCACAAUUUGACCGAGAACGAUCUUCUUUGGCAACAAUUCCUUUAUGUUGCGCGAUGCUUUUUGCAGGUUUGCACACUCCGGGCGUACAAACAGCUUUGGUGCAACUUGCACCACCAUAUUCAGGUGUCAUCACAGGUAUUUCGUUUUUUUUUGUUGCAUGGUUUGGCAUUGGUAACAAACUUCUCACGAAACAUAUCGUACAGCACGGUACAGCAGCUGAAUGGGCCAAGGUAUUUUAUGUGUCCGGUGUAGUGGCAGCUUUACCGGUAGUAGUAUUUACAGUGUGGGGAUCCAGUGAGCGCCAAUGGUGGUCAGCGCCAAGUUCAAAAACCUCAACACACAGCUUGAAUACACAAGCUACAGUGGUUUCCAACUUAAGCUAA